CUCCUCAACAUUCAGCAGCGCAGCGGUCGACUGUGAUUCCCAAAACAGCGGGCGGGUCUUCUGUGAGUCGAGCCUCGUCUUUUAGCAACAAUCGCUUGAAAUUCUCCACAUUGCGCUUAAAACUCGAACACGAGAUCGACUGGGAAUUUGAACCCCGCGAGAAAAUAAGGUAUGGCAGCAAUCAGGAAAAAGCUGGUGAUCGUGGGAGAUGGAGCAUGUGGGAAGACCUGUCUCCUUAUAGUGUUCAGCAAAGACCAGUUUCCAGAAGUCUACGUGCCUACUGUGUUUGAGAACUACAUUGCAGACAUCGAAGUUGACAGCAAACAGGUGGAGCUGGCAUUGUGGGACACAGCAGGACAGGAAGACUAUGAUCGUCUGAGGCCCUUGUCUUACCCAGACACAGAUGUCAUCCUCAUGUGUUUCUCCAUUGACAGUCCUGACAGUUUAGAAAACAUUCCAGAAAAGUGGACACCGGAGGUGAAGCACUUCUGCCCCAACGUUCCCAUAAUCCUUGUGGGCAACAAGAAGGAUCUGCGAAAUGAUGAACACACACGGAGAGAGCUGACUAAGAUGAAGCAGGAGCCAGUUAAACCGGAGGAGGGCAGGGACAUGGCCAACCGCAUUAGCGCCUUUGGCUACCUCGAAUGCUCAGCUAAAACUAAGGAUGGUGUGAGGGAAGUAUUUGAAAUGGCCACCAGGGCGGCACUCCAAGUCCGCAAGAGGCAGAAGAGGAGCGGGUGCUUGCUGUUGUGAGAGAACUUUCCGGUCUUUUCCAGAAUGAUCUCAAUAAUGAAAAAACUAAACACAAAAAAAGAAAGAAAGGUUUUUGACCAAACAACACAAAUACACUGGACUGUAUGUCACAUUUCAUGCAUACAAACAGGUGGAAGAUGGAGGAAUGUGAAUAAAAUAUGAAUUAAAUGGACAGAGGGUGAGCAGAAAGGCAGGUUAGAUCAGUAUAUGAUAUGUCUUGAUUUAGUUUUCCUUAUGGCACAAUGUUUCUUAGAACACACUUUUCUUUUAUUUUUUUUCCCUUCAGUUUGUACUGUACGGAUGAUGUCAGUUGUAAUGGUAUUGUUUUUUUGCACAUUUAUCGAUCGACUAUUAUAGCUAAGUCUGGUUUUCAUAUGAUUGUAAUCGUAAUUAAUAUAACAAUGUAGAAUUAUCUUAAUAGCACAGAAUUUGGUAAUAAAAUCAGUGCCUUCAUCACCAUUCCCUCCACAAAAUUGAAAGUGCUAGUUUCGAGCUUCUCUGUGAGUUAACACACUUUUCUAGUAGUGAGAAACCAUGAAUUUAAAUGUAUUUAGGUAAUAUUGAGUAUGUUUAUAUCUUUCAGUCCCCAAAUAAAUAGUAAUUACAUGCACUUAGAAGGCUCAGUCAGAUUAAUUAGGAAUGUGACACAUUUCAUUUGAAUGAUCCUAUUUGUCCUCCACACAUGCAUAAAUAUACAUGCAUGCACAUGGAGCUCUAAACUGGUUUGACCCGCCUUGAAUAUCUGGGGUGAGCUCAAGCUGUCACAUAAUCUGACUAUAUGGUCCUCACGUUGAGUAUUGUCAAUGCGAACUUUACAUUUUUUAAGUUUGAAUCACUUAUUCGGUUUCUAGCACUGCAAAACGUCAAAUAAAUACACCGAUGAUUGCUAGCAAAUGUGUAUUAGCUAGAAGAGGCCUUGAGUGCCUUUGCUUUUCCCACAGAAUUGUGUGCAUUUAGUUAGCUGUCAUUAAUGCGUUUUGUUUGAGAUAAGUUUAUUUGCAUGCACAAGUUUUGUCACAAACAGUGUUGUAAUGUUUCAUGCCAGUAAAGUAAAGAGGUGUCCGGGCCAUCUGGGAGAAUAACCGUUGUGCAUCUAGAAAAAGAUCCGUAGCUUUUAUUUGCUUGUGUAAAAUCCAUGUAACAAUGACACUUCCACUGCUGUCCCCUACUGGUGCCGUGAGAUGCCUGACAUUAAGUAAAUUAGCAACACUACAUAACUCCA